GGAAGCGGGCGGCCCCGGGCGGGCGGAAGCGAUGGAGCCGGCCAAGAUGGCGUCCCCCAAGAGCGCGCCCAAAGACGCGCAGGUGAUGGCGCAGAUCCUGAAGGACAUGGGCAUCACCGAGUACGAGCCGCGGGUCAUCAACCAGAUGCUGGAGUUCGCCUACAGGUACGUGACCACCAUCCUGGAAGAUGCCAAAAUUUACUCGAGCCACGCCAAGAAGUCCAGCGUGGAUGCAGAUGAUGUGAGGUUGGCCAUCCAGUGCCGGACGGACCAGUCCUUCACAUCGCCCCCCCCCCCGGGAUGUGAGUCAGGCUGGAUUCGUGGGUUCUUGUUAGACAUUGCAAGGCAGAAGAACCAGACCCCCCUGCCCCUGAUCAAGCCUUAUUCUGGGCCCAGGCUCCCACCUGACAGGUACUGCUUGACAGCCCCCAACUACAGACUGAAGUCCUUGCAGAAGAAGGUCUCCUCCUCUGCAGGGAGGAUCACGGUCCCUCGCCUGAGCGUCGGGGCAGUCAGCAGCAGGCCCAGCACCCCCACUCUGGGCACCCCCUCUGCACAGGCCGUGUCUGUCUCCGCCAAGGUGGGCGCCCCGGUGUCGCUGACUGGCCAGAGGUUCACUGUCCAGAUCCCCUCUUCCCAGGCUGCAGUCAAGUCAGCCACACCAACAACUCCAACAGUUCAGAAUGUUCUAAUUAAUCCCUCCUUAAUUGGACCAAAGAACAUUCUCAUCACGACAAACAUGGUGUCCUCCCAGAAUGCAGCUGCUGAAUCAAAUCCCUUGAAGAGGAAACAUGAAGAUGAUGAUGACUAUGACAACCUGUGACCAGACUGUCCCAUCCCCUUCUGCUCUUCAGGGGCUGAGGAGGUUUUUUUUAUGCCAAGAAUCCUUUGUAAACUGUGUGAGAGUGUGUAAAUAUCCUGCCAAGAUGCAGCUGGCUGGGGAGUCAGGGAGAUGAUGGGUGGUGGGAAGAGGGAAAAAGUGGGUCCUGUGGGUUGUGGUGUCCUUGGAGCCUCAGCAGCAGGGCUGGCUCUGCUCACUGUGGCACAGGAGCCUUCCUGCCUCUCCUCCCCUGCUUCCCAGCAGUGUCCCUGUCACUGUCCCCAGGCACUGGGGGAGCUGCUCCCUGCCAAGGAAACAUCAGACUGGGGGGUUGGUGUGACAUGGAGCUCCUUGCUCUCUGAGAACAUGGAGAACAACCCUGGGAGAGGUGGGAUGUGGCUGGGGAAGAUCAGGCCUGACCCAGCACCUGUUUGACCCCCAGCUAGAUUUGCUGCUUCCAGGUGGUGUUGGUGGCUCCUCGUUCCAGUGGGUGGGAAGGGUGGCUCUUCAGGGUAGUGAUGCAGAGAAGAGGCAGAGGAGGGGGUUGCUGGAGACCUUCUCCUCAGGGCAGCCUUCCUGCUGGGAUGAACACCCCCCCAGAGCUCCAUGGGUAAAAGCCCAGCCAUGAUUUUUGUUCUGUAUUUGCUUCCAAAGAGCUGCACCUUCAGCUUGUGCUGGGCUGGGACUGGAAUGAAAAGACUGAGUAAAAGUGGGUUUUUCUAUUAACCAAGGA